CCCCGCCUCUUCCUCUCGGUCCCAUAUUGAACUCGAGUUGGAAGAGGCGAGUCCGGUCUCAAAAUGGAGGUAAAACCGCCGCCCGGUCGCCCCCAGCCUGACUCCGGCCGUCGCCGCCGCCGCCGGGGGGAGGAGGGCCAUGAUCCAAAGGAACCAGAACAGCUGAGAAAGCUGUUUAUUGGUGGUCUGAGCUUUGAAACCACAGAUGAUAGCUUAAGAGAACAUUUUGAGAAAUGGGGCACACUUACAGACUGUGUGGUGAUGAGAGAUCCUCAAACAAAACGUUCCCGAGGCUUUGGUUUUGUAACCUACUCUUGUGUUGAAGAGGUGGAUGCUGCAAUGUGUGCUCGGCCACACAAGGUUGAUGGACGUGUGGUGGAACCCAAGAGAGCUGUUUCUAGAGAGGAUUCUGUAAAGCCUGGAGCCCAUUUAACAGUGAAGAAAAUUUUUGUUGGUGGUAUUAAAGAGGAUACAGAAGAAUAUAAUCUGAGAGACUACUUUGAAAAGUAUGGCAAGAUUGAAACCAUAGAAGUUAUGGAAGAUAGGCAGAGUGGGAAAAAGAGAGGAUUUGCUUUUGUAACUUUUGAUGAUCAUGACACAGUUGAUAAGAUUGUUGUUCAGAAAUACCACACUAUUAAUGGGCACAAUUGUGAAGUGAAAAAGGCCCUUUCUAAACAAGAGAUGCAGUCUGCUGGAUCACAGAGAGGUCGUGGAGGUGGGUCUGGCAACUUUAUGGGUCGUGGAGGAAACUUUGGAGGUGGUGGAGGAAACUUUGGUCGUGGAGGAAACUUUGGUGGAAGAGGAGGCUAUGGUGGUGGAGGUGGUGGCAGCAGAGGUAGUUACGGAGGUGGUGAUGGUGGAUAUAACGGAUUUGGAGGUGAUGGUGGCAACUAUGGUGGUGGUCCUGGUUACAGUAGUAGAGGAGGUUAUGGAGGUGGUGGACCGGGGUAUGGAAACCAAGGUGGUGGAUAUGGUGGUGGUGGAGGAGGAUACGAUGGUUACAAUGAAGGAGGAAAUUUUGGUGGAGGUAACUAUGGUGGUGGUGGGAACUAUAAUGACUUUGGAAAUUAUAGUGGACAGCAACAAUCAAAUUAUGGACCCAUGAAGGGGGGCAGUUUUGGUGGAAGAAGCUCAGGCAGUCCCUAUGGUGGUGGCUAUGGAUCUGGAGGUGGAAGUGGUGGAUAUGGUAGCAGAAGGUUUUAAAAUAAAACAGAAACGGUGAAUGAGAACCCUACCUGCCUAACUGAGGAAUGUCUUUCCCACCACCUUAAAUACGAAGGUUUCUGGCUGGGUAAGGUUUGUAGCUCGAAGUAAAAACCGGUGACACCAUUGGUUCCUCACAAAUCAAUGUUAUAGUUAAGACAUUACCCCCUCCCCCCAGUUCAGUUAUUUUGAUACCCCAUUGAAAAAAUUCUAAGACUUAGGCAGUUACAUUCUCCAGUGUCAUGAGUGUUUGUUAUAAGCUAGAUGUGGCCUCUUCAUGUGUAUAAAGUACUGUUAAUAAGGUAAAGUCAUGUUGACCUUUCAAAAGGUAAUUUUGGGAAAACUAGGAUCUUUCACAGUUGUCAGAAUGAUUGUCUUCCUUAUAGUUCUCUAGCAAGUAAGUUUACUGUUGGGACAGUUAAGUGUUUAGUCUCCCCUAACCCAUCACACAAAUGGUCUCACUCUUGUCCUAGCCUGGAAGUCAAUCUACCAGCCUGUCUCCCAAGUGUUGGGAUUAAAGGGUGGUGCCUAUAUAUAACAACUUUCCUUUCAAGCAUCUAAAGAACAGUUGAGUUACUAUUCAAAUAUGUUGCUGGUUGUUCAUAAGGGCUAUUUCUGCUGCCCUGAAAGGGCUUAUUAGAAAAUUGCUUAAUUCAGGCUACUUUUUAGUAUACCUUCAGGGGACAAAUCUGCAAAAUGUUUACCACACAGGGAUAUCCUGCAUCAACAAGUUUGCUUGGCAUUUAAGUCAGGACUAAAUUCACAGAAACCACAGUUAACAAUAAGGUGGCAAUCUUUCAGUGGUGGUUAAUAGAAAAGUACAUUAAGGGCAUUUACAGUUUAUUUACUUUUUGAAAUAAAGUUAUUUUACUUAUAUGGUUCCACUGUCAUUUCUGCAGAAACACUACCUGGGUAGAAAGGGUGAACAUAUAAACAAAUGAGGCUGACUUUGGUUUUGUUGGACCUGUGGGAUACUGCUCCUAAUUGACAUGUCUGAAAGCUGUGUUCACAUUUGUGUCUAAAUUAGGGAACACAAUAAAAAAGUUCAUACCACUAUAGAGAAAUGGGCUUGGUUCUUAAAUUUAGAGUUAUGUCACAAUUUGAAACAUUCCUGACAAAUAGAAUCAAUAAUUGGCAUGGUAGCAAGCAUGCAGAUAUGCAAGGUGCUGUGAGGAUUGGUAGCCUGAGUAUUCAGUUUUAAACUUUUAACAUGUUUUCUGAUCUUUAUGACAGCAGAGGUGGUCUGUAAUUCAGUUGUUUCAUUUGUAGCAUAAUGAAAUGUUACAGAAAGAUGACCUUUUCAUUAAAAUAUUUUUAGAAAUGUG